UGUAACCCGUCAUUGUUGUGCUGUCUUGCAGAUAACUUCCUUUUUAGUGACGAAAUCAUAGCCAAUGGUUUUCACUCCUGCGAUAGCGAUGAAGAUGACAGAGCCUCGCAUGCAAGUUCUAGCGACUGGACCCCAAGACCACGUAUAGGUCCCUACACUUUUGUUCAGCAGCAUCUCAUGUUAGGUACAGACCCACGGACAAUUCUGAAAGACCUGCUACCAGAAACUAUUCCUCCACCUGAACUGGAUGAUAUGACACUGUGGCAAAUUGUUAUAAACAUUCUUUCAGAACCACCAAAAAGGAAAAAAAGAAAAGAUAUUAAUACUAUUGAUGAUGCUGUGAAACUUUUACAAGAGUGCAAAAAAAUAAUGGUCUUGACUGGAGCUGGGGUGUCUGUGUCUUGUGGAAUACCUGACUUUAGAUCAAGAGAUGGCAUCUAUGCACGCCUUGCUGUAGACUUCCCAGACCUUCCAGAUCCUCAAGCAAUGUUUGAUAUAGAAUACUUCAGAAAGGAUCCCAGGCCAUUUUUUAAGUUUGCAAAGGAAAUCUAUCCAGGACAGUUCCAGCCGUCCCUCUGUCACAAGUUCAUAGCUCUGAUGGAUAAAGAAGGAAAACUACUUCGCAACUAUACACAGAACAUAGACACACUGGAGCAGGUUGCAGGAAUCCAAAGGAUAAUACAGUGUCAUGGUUCCUUUGCAACAGCUUCCUGCCUGAUCUGUAAAUACAAAGUUGAUUGUGAAGUUGUUCGAGGAGAUAUUUUCAAUCAGGUUGUACCGAGAUGCCCCAGAUGCCCACCUGAUGAACCAAUCAUGAAGCCAGACAUCGUGUUCUUUGGAGAGAACUUACCCGAGCAGUUCCACCGUGCCAUGAAGUAUGACAAAAAUGAAGUUGAUCUCCUUAUUGUCAUUGGGUCUUCACUGAAAGUAAGACCAGUAGCAUUGAUUCCAAGUUCCAUCCCCCAUGAAGUGCCUCAGAUCUUAAUUAAUAGGGAACCUUUGCCUCAUCUACACUUUGAUGUGGAGCUUCUCGGAGACUGUGAUGUUAUAAUUAAUGAAUUAUGUCAAAGGCUUGGUAGUGAAUAUACCAAACUUUGCUACAACUCAGUAAAACUUUCAGAAAUAACAGAAAAGCCUCCACGAACGCACAAGGAGCUGGAAAUGCACUCAUCUGAGCUACCGCCUACUCCUUUGAACAUUUCAGAAGACUCUAGUUCACCAGAGAGAAUGACUCCACCAGACACUUCGGUGGUGUCCUCGGAACACCCAGCUGAAUGUAAGGCACAGAACUGUGACCCUGCCUCAGAAACUAAAGGGACUUGCACAGAGGAGAAGCUUCAGGACAUACAGACAUCAUCAGAAAGCCCUGAAAACCCUACUAGUGAAGUAAUGAACUCUGAAACCAUGAAGGAAAAUGGAUCUAGCAAUGGAGAAAAUAAAGAAAAAAAUGAAUUGCUGAAGAAGUGCUGGGUAAAUAGAUCUGCAAAAGAACAGAUUAGCAAAAGGCUGGAUGGUACUCAGUAUCUAUUUUUACCACCAAACCGGUAUAUUUUCCAUGGGGCCGAGGUAUACUCGGAUUCUGAAGACGAUAUCAUAUCUUCUAGCUCUUGCGGCAGUAGUAGCGAAAGCGGUUCGUGCCGUAGCCAGAGCUUAGAUGUGGAGGACGAGAGCGAGAUCGAAGAGUUUUACAAUGGUAUAGAGGAUGAGGAUGCUCCUGAGAGGGAAGAUGAACAUGGAUUCGGGGAAGACGGAGUUGAACAAGACGAGUCGGCAGUUGACGAGUCAGCCUACACAAGUGCAGCCGCAGGGACGGAUCACCCAAGCAACAAGUUGUAAAGCGAUCACAGACUGGUUACAGGAACUUCCCACCAGCAUUAGGAGCUUUGGCAUGUCAGAACGAAUGUUUACGUCUGAAUUUAGAGCAACGAAAACAUAAGGAUGUAGUGUUUAUAAGUAACUACAACAGAUUUUCAUGCUUAGUUUUUUACCUUUUUCAAUAAAAUUCUAUUACUGCGCA